AUGCCCGGGGAACUGGUGACGCCACGCGUCCGUCAGGCGGCCGAAGCAGCGCUGGGUGGAGUGCGGGCCCCCGCACUGCUCACGAGCGCGGUUGCUGGUACGGAGGACGUAGGUACAGGGACAAGUACCCCCACCACGCUGACGCGCAGCGUACCACUCACGAAGCCGCUGAGGGGACAGGGUCUCACGACUGCGCUGCUGCUGCUGGCGCGGACCACCACCGGACCCACUCUUCUGCGUAGAGCCACGACCAGCUCAACCGUUGCCGCCGCCGCCUCCGCCACCUCCGCCGCCUCCGCCACCUCCGCUCCCUCCGCCACCGCCGCCGCCUCCUCCGCCUCCACUGCUGCCACCGACACCUCCACCCCCGCCACCACUCCCACCACCACCCCCACCCCCUCCACUGCCUCCACCACCACCUCCACCACCCCCGCCAGCCCCUCCAGCGCCCUUGCCCCCUUUUCCCUUGCCGGUGCGGCGUCUCCCGCUAAGGGCAGACGCCGCGCCGACCGACUCGAAACCAACGAGGUCGGCCGCAGCAGCAGAAGCAACAAAGGGCAAGAGAGGGGAAGGGGAACACCCCUCAAAGACGGGGGGCCGGGGCGCGCCGGUAGGAACAGUAGCGGCUCAACGACAGGGCUGCUGGGCGGCUCAGCUGCUGGGCGGCUCGGCGGCUCGGCUGCUGGGCGGCUCGGCGGCUCGGCGGCUCGGGUGCUGGGCGGCUCGGCGGCAGGGCGGCUCGGCGGUUCAGCUGCUGGGCGGCUCGGCUGCUGGGCGACUCGGCGGCUCGGUUGCUGGGCGUUUCGGCUGCUGGGCGGCUCGGCAGCUCGGUUGCUGGGCGGCUCGGCGGCUCGGUCGCUGGGCGGCUCGGCGGCUCAGCAGGUGGGCGGCUCAGCGGUGAAGGGGCCGGUAGAGGCGGCGAUGGAGCCGCUAGGGGCGGCAGCGAGGGCCGCUAAGGGCGGCGAGGUGGCCGCGAAGGGCGGCGACAGGGCCGCGAGAGGCCGCGAAGGGCGGUAA